AUGGAUUUGAUCUAAACUUUCAUGAACAUUGCAGUUCCUCCUUCAGUACUCAUUCUACUCAGUUUGCUCCUUCCAGUAUACCAUCUAUUCAAGCUCAUACGUUUUAUAUGGAGAUCCAUUUGCAGUCAAAAUGUUGCUGGAAAAGUUGCAAUCAUUACUGGAGCAGCUUCAGGCAUUGGCGAGCAACUUGCUUAUGAGUACGCUAGAAGAGGAGCACAUUUGGUCCUAGUUGACAUCAAUGAGGAAAGUGUUGUGCAAGUUUCAAAUAAAGCUCGUUCUCUAGGAUCCCCGGAUAGUAUACCUAUAGCUGCAGAUGUUUCUAAAGUGGAAGACUGUGAAAGGUUUAUUAAUGAAGCGGUUGAACAUUUUGGGAGAUUGGACCAUCUAGUGAACAAUGCUGGGACAGCAAGAGUCAUAAAGUUUGAGGAUAUUAACCAACUUUCUGAUCACCGUCAUGUUAUGGACACUAAUUUCUGGGGUACAGUCAAUGGCAUUCACUUUGCAAUUCCACACCUGAAGAAGAGCGGAGGGAAGAUAGUAGUGAUUUCCUCAGUCUGUGGAUGGUACCCUCUACCAGCAUUGUCCAUUUACAAUGCAAGCAAGGCAGCACUGAUAAGCUUUUGCGAGACACUUAGAACCGAACUUGGUUCGGCCAUUGGCAUAACAAUAUUCACACCUGGCCUAAUCAAGACAACCAUGACCAAAAAACAGAACAUUUUUAGAUCACUCGUCCCAGAAGGGUCAGCUGAAGGAUGUGCCAAGGCAAUUGUGAGCGCCGCUUGCCGCUGAGACCUGUA